AUGUUAAUCAAGGUUAUGACGCUGACGGGAAAAGUCUUAGAGCUACAGGUCGAACCGUCUGAUAAAGUCAUCGAAAUAAAGACACAGAUCGAGGAGAAGGAGGGCAUACCACCCGAACAGCAGCGACUCAUAUUCUCCGGGAAGCAGAUGAACGACCAGCAAACAGCAGAAGACUACAAGCUGCAUGGGGGAGCCAUCGUGCACAUGGUGCUGGCACUGCGAGGGGGCAAAUGUUCGAUCCAUCUUUACAAUAAUGACAAUCAUGCAAUAAAUUCUUACAAAAUGUAA